CUCCCUCCACAUCCACAGAGCAACAGGUCCAAAUAUUGUCUUUGUGCUGCUCUGCACAGUUUGUGGGUUUUAACAGGGGCCUGAAACACUGAGUCUGCACAGUUUCUCAGUAGAAUUCAAACUUCUGAGUUGGAGCCAUGAUUUUCCGAGCAACUGUACGACAUGCAAAAAAUAAUCCUGCUCUCAUUCCCCAGUUCCUCUUCAUCGGUGUGGGUUUAGGAGGAGCGGCUCUGUAUCUGUUACGACUGGCCACUGGACCCUAUGUCGUAUGGAACAGGGCCAAAGACCCUGAGCCUUGGACCAAGCUUCCACCAACAUAUCAGUACAAGUUUGCUGCAGUCAGCACAGACUACCAAAGCCUGAAGAAGGAGGGACCUGACUAUUAAAUGUCAAACAUGGAGGACAGGAAAGAUCCAGUCCCAGGUUUAUUGUCCCUGUGCACAGUAUUGCAGGUGGAAGAUGAAGUGAGUGGAUCGUAAUAACCUGGUGACUCUGUUAAUGUAGCGGAAUAUCUCACCGUGGGAAAAUAUAUAAAAACUGAUGUAGAAAGAUCCAUAAUUAACAUGUGUUUAUUGAAACAGAGAGAGUAGAUGACGUGAGGUACGUAGGUUUGUGUAUGUGCUUUGGUUUCUUCAGCUAGAAAAUGUUCGUGGUGUGAAAAUGUAUGACUGAAGCCUUCAGUCAAAGAUGAAUUACAGUAGUUGAUGCUUGUAUAAAUAUUAGAGCAUUACAGUAGACCUAAAAAAUGACUGAGCAUGCCGUGCAGGUCUUUUAAGACCCAUAAUAAAAAGUGGAUUUAACAAUACA